AUGGCAAAAGCAUUAUCUGUACCUAGUGUGGAACACUUUAAUAUGACAGGAGACCCUAGUAGCUUGCCAAGCAAAUGGGAGCGAUGGCUGAAAUCGUUUCAAUACUUCGUUGUCGGUUCGGGCGUCACGGACAAAUCACAAAAACGAGCACUACUGCUGCAUCUGGUAGGACCGGGCGUGCAAGGGAUUUUCGAAACACUGGACAAUACUGGAAAUGACAAUAAUUUUGACGCCGCAGCUGAUGCAUUGAAUAAUUAUUUCAAGCCGAAACUCAAUGUAUCAUAUGAACGACACAAAUUCAAUUCAGAAAAACAGAAACAGAAUGAAACUAUCCAGGACUUUGCUACGCGACUUAAACAACUAAGUAUUUCAUGUGACUUUAAUGACACAAAUGACAGAAUACGAGACCAGAUUAUUGAAAAGUGCACAUCUACAACGUUACGCAGAAAGUUUCUCAGUAAUAAAGAUUUAACAUUAGAAAAAGUUUUGGAACUGUCAUCAACGUUCGAACGUGCACAAGACAGUGCCACAAAAAUGGAAAAUCAAAGUACACAACAGCAACAAAAAGAUGACACCACGUUUCAACUGAAACAAUCGACUAUGCGUCAAAGACAACAACGUGCGAACAGAGGUAGAGGCAGAUUUCGUCAACAGGCACCGCCAACACAUGUAGAAUGUUACAGCUGUGGCCGCAGGGGUCACAUGGCUAAGGACCCAAAUUGCCCAGCAGCACGUGCAGCAUGUACAAAAUGUGGCUUUAUUGGACAUUUUGCAGUAAAGUGUAAAUCUAAAAGGAAAAAGAUACAACCAAAACAGAAAGUUCGAUCACUUGAAAAUGAAACAUCCUCAGACAGUGAAAACGAAUAUCUGUUUAAUAUCAAAUCAAUUGGGAACGUGUCAAAUAAAAUAACAGUCAACGUCGGUAAUAUUCCGCUGAAUAUGGUUAUAGAUUCAGGAGCUAGUUGUAACAUUGUUGACAAAAGUACAUGGAAUUUUCUAAAAUCACAGAAACAAUUUCAAUGCUUAACACAUAAAAAAUCCACAGACAAGAAAGUGUUCGCUUAUGGAAGCAAACAACCACUCAAAUUGCUUGGUAUAUUUCGUGCGAAAAUUGAAUUCAAUUCAAUGACUAUUGAUGACGUAGAAUUCUCAGUUUUGGACGGUAAGGGACAAGCAUUGCUUAGUAAAGACACGUCAAUUAGUCUCAAUGUGCUAAGGAUCGGACCAGUAGUGAAUUUGGUCAAAGAGGACAUCAUGAGCGAAAACCCAGAAUUGUUCAAAGGAAUAGGGAAAAUGAAAGAUUUUCAAUUGCAAAUUCCCAUUGAUGAAAAAAUCGAGCCAGUUGUUCAAUCGGUAAGGCGUAUACCUUUCAGUCUCAGAGAAAAGCUAGAAAAAAAGCUAUUAGAACUAGAAAACAAUGAUAUAAUCGAAAGAGUAAACAGUCCUAGCCGCUGGGUAAGCCCAGUUGUUGUAGUGCCUAAAGGAGACGACGAUAUUAGGCUUGUUAUCGAUAUGAGGCGAAGCAACACGGCUGUGAAGCGGGUACGACACCCGAUUCCUACCGUGGACGAGGUGCUGUACGAUUUGAACGGAUCAACAGUGUAUAGUAAGCUAGACAUUUCAAAUGCCUAUCAUCAACUCGAGCUUCAUCCUGAUUCAAGGGAAAUAACUACGUUCAUAACUCAUGUUGGAAUGUUCCGUUACAAAAGAUUACUCCAGGGAGUCAGCUGUGCUAGUGAAAUGUUUCAGAAAGUGCUUGAACAAGUUCUACAAAAUUGCCCUGGUACACGUAACAUUAUGGAUGAUAUAAUAGUGCACGCGCCUACAAAAGAUGAACACCAGAAGUGUUUAGAAAAUGUGCUUAGAGUGUUACAUGAAAAAGGGUUCACAUUAAACCCAUCAAAGUGUCAAUUUGAAAUGUCAAAAGUGACAUUCAUGGGAAACGUAUUGUCCGAACACGGGGUUGGUCCAACCGAAAGUAAAGUGCGCGAUGUGCUCAACGCAAGAGCACCACGAAAUGCCGCGGAAGUUAGGUCAUUCUUAGGAUUAGUCAAUUUCAAUGCUAGUUCCACGUCUGCAACACCUAUAUCGGUAAAUAAAAAAAGAGAACUAUCUUCGCCUCUUGAUGAUGCUGAACAAAAAAAGUCUAAAACAUGUGAACCGCAACAUAUUGUGUUGUCAAGUGAGGACAUUAUAGCAAUAAGCAACGCUCUAAAGGGUACUCUUCGUGAGGAAUUUAAAUUAGAGCAGCAAAACCAAGUUCAGGCUAUUGUUAAUGGUGUUUUGGCUGGCCUGAACGCUAAAAUCCAAAAUCUCGAAACCGAAAAUGCGGUAUUACGUGCACGUGUUGAUCAGCUUGAACAGAAAGCUGAUGACGCCGAGCAAUAUAGCCGUAGGAACUGCCUGCGAAUCAGAGGUGUUCCCGAAGAGGGACUAUCCAUUAUAACAGAGUCCAUGCAAGGGAAACCCGAGGCUACCAACGAUGAGUUGUCAUCGGAGAACGGUGAUGACGUCACUGUCCAAAAUAAAGAUGAGUCGACUGAUAGCAAAGUCAGACAACUUGCAUCUGUUAUGGAAGUAAACUUUGAGACGUCAGAUAUAGAUCGAUCUCAUCGAAUUGGUCAAAAGACCCCCGGCAAACCCAGGGACAUAAUAGUCAAAUUCGUCUCGUAUAGAGCCAAAAACGCAUUCUACAGAGCGAGGUUUAACCUUAGGUCUUGUGGAUUCCCUGGUGUUUUCAUCAAUGAAGACUUAACGAAAGCACGGUCCUCCCUUUUCUACAAGGCUAGGCAACUGCUUAGAGAUCGCUUUCUUGCAGGCGCAUGGACCUAUGACGGUGCGGUCGUUGUGAAGGACGCUAAUCGCAAAAUCCAUAGAGUAAAUUCGGAGGCCGAAUUAAUGAAGAUAAAAAGUCCAACGCCUAUUCGUUGGGGUUGA